CUCAAUUUCUUGUAAAAUAGAUCGCGGCUGUAAUUUACAACUUAUUUAGAUCAGAGAGGAUGGCAUCAGCUUUUUUCUUUCAAGGGAAAAAUAACUUUUGCCUUCAUUAAAUGGAAUGAAAGUUAGAAUUUUUGAGAACUUUCUGUAAUUGUGUUCACAAUGGAAUCAAGCAUGUUCCAAGGAAUUUCGGGCACAUACCGAAACAUAAACUUUAUGUUUAAUGAAAAAUGUGUUUUUAUCACUGGAGCAACAGGAUUCUUAGGCAAGGUUCUCUUAGAAAAGUUAAUUCGGUCAUGCCCGACUCUUUCCAAAGUGCUUGUUCUGAUACGGCGCAAUGAAAAGUAUACAUCCGAAGAACGACUUCAAAAGUUGUUUGAAAGUAAUGUGUUUGACCGAAUCAAAAGCGAAUGUCCUGAUAUCGUGAAUAAAGUUCAUGCCAUAGACGGAGAUGUAACGGAGGUAGAUUUUGCGCUGAAUGCAGAGGAUAAAAAUACACUGCUUUCUGAUGUCCAUUAUGUGUUUCAUUGUGCUGCUAGUGUUCGUUUUGAAAAUAAUUCAAGGAACACUUUGAAGAUAAACUUCCUUGGUGUAAAGAAUAUGCUAAAUCUUUGCCACGAAAUGAAAAACCUUUCGGCUGUUAUCCAUGUGUCUACCGCAUAUAGCUUCUGCAACCAAGGAGUUAUUAGUGAACAAUUAUAUGACGAGGAAAUCAAAGUUUGUGAUCUUGAGAAAACAAUAGAGGAAUUUGACGAUAAAUCAUUGGACAUGGCAUGUCAGAAAAUGGCCAAAUCUCGGCCUUCUUUGUAUCAGUAUUCCAAAGCAAUGGCUGAAAUUUAUAUUGCUAAAAAUUGCGGAGAAUUGCCUGUGGUUAUAGUUCGUCCAUCAAUAAUAACAGCUGCGGCAAAAGAACCUUUUCCAGGUUGGAUUGACAAUUAUAAUGGACCAAGCGGAUUCAUUGCUUUGAGUAGCAAAGGCUUAAUAAAAACGCUUCAAGUGAACCCCACUGUUAACGCUGAUUGGGUUCCAGUUGAUCACGUGGCAAACACAUUGAUUGUUGCAGCCUAUCACAAAGCCAUGGUGGACCAAUAUCCAAAAGCAUUCUUGUUGCCGCUGUUUAAGAAAUCAGACGUGCCCAUCGUUAACUGUGUUUGUCCUCAUGCAAAUGCGAUCAAGUGGUCAAGCGUGGUACAAAUUUGUAUCCCUCUUCUUCGUAAGUAUCCCAGUAUGCAUGUCUAUAGAGUACCAGGAGGUGUUGUAACGUCAAGUAAAUGCCUGCAUGUUCUGUGCAGGUAUUUCUAUCAUUAUUUACCUGCAGCCAUAUUGGACGCAGCAGUUUUUCUGAUGUGGAAAGAAAGACGAUUUGUCAGAAACUACCAACGUAUUCAUAAAGUUUUGAACUUCUUGCAACACUACACCAUGAAUGAAUUUAGGUUCAAAACUGGAAAUAUGAGCAUACUCAUCGAAAGUGUUCACGACACUGAUAGAAGUACUUUUCCUAUUGAUCAAAAUCUUCUGAACUGGAGGCAAUAUUUGGAAGAUUAUGUUCUAGGCGUAAGACGCUUUUUCCUAAAAGAAGAUGAUAGUUCUUUGCUUCAAGCACAGAAGAGACUUGCAAGAGUGCAGAUGUUGGAGUUUUGGGGCAAAGUGACGCCUGUGGCCCUUAUUUUGUUGCUGGUUCUGAAGAGACGAAAUGGAAUUCCAAUUUCUCUCGCCUUAGCCAAGUUUGGAGCAAUCAUUUGGAAACCAUUUGAUAAAAUUAGUUGGAGAGUCUAAGCGUUUGUCUAAUCAUUUUGUGUUCAAUAUUCUAAUGAGUUUUUAAAUUAACUAUUUAUUGAAAUAGAUUGUAGUUCUUAAAUUUUAAAAUAUGAUAUAAGUUAUGUUUUUAGCCUGUAUGUUUAUGAAAUUAAAGUACUUUACUAUUGCUUCA